GUGAGUACUGGGGACGACCGUAAAAUCUCAGGCGGAGAAGUUGAAUUUUCUCCUCAAUUCUUUGAUGAAUUGUUCCUCGUUUUCUUAGGUUAAAUCGUUAUUUUGUAGCUGAAUUGAGACGAAUAAGAGAAAUGGAAUCACCAGAACUUGAUCAAAGCUUGCAAGGUCUCUUAAGUUUUGAACGGCUGGAUAGGGCUUCACCUGAUUUGUGGCCAGAGCAAAUUCCUGGAGUGUCUGACUUUGCCUCACUUGCUGUUAGUCCCUUUUCUCUAUCAAGUACUCCACCAAAAUGGUUGGCUGAACUAGAGAAAGAUGACAUGGACAUGUUGCAAGAAUUUGGAAGUCUUACUACAUCACAACUAAUGGAAAAAGUUCGUGGACUCCAAAAUCUAGCAUUUCAGCUUGGCCUGGAUGAAGCUCGGGAAAUGACAAGGGGGAAGUUUUUAAACAUCCUGGAAAAAGUGAACUCAGGAAGAAGAUAAGAAUAAUGUUAUAAAGAUAACCAAAUUCUGUAGAUAGGCUAGCUGUCAAUGUUUUGGAUAAAAAUUGUUUUAGAAUCUUGUAAGGAUGUAGCUUUAGGUAACAGUACAGUGUAUCAUGGAAUUCUGCAACAGUAGAAUCCCAUUGAUACUUAUUUUCACGUGAUAGUAAUCAUUAAGAAAGUGCUUGUCCACAGGUUUUUCAGGCUGAGAGUAAGUUUCUAUGAAAACAAGGUGGUUGCAUUACCGAGUUUGUUGAUAGGGUUCUGUUGUAUUGUAAGGGGUUUUUUUUUGGCUUUUUUUUCUUGGAAAAUGUGUUUACCUGAGUGUAAACCACACAACUUUAGCCAAAUGUUGUAAACAAAAGGCCAAAGCUGGAAAUGUUAACUUCCCAAUUUUGUCAUUGCAAAGAAUUUCACCUUUGUUAAGUUAAGCUGAUAUUAAGUUAGCAAGUGUUUUCCCAUGCAAGGUGACAUAUUGUCUUAUGAUAAAUUAAACUAGGGGUAGCUGGCUCAUCCAAAAUAACAUACAAUUACACGUACUCAUACGGUUUUCAAUGUCACUGAUUGCUCAUACAUGUAAUAGAAAGUGAAGUUUUUAAAUAGUUUUUUGUAUCAUCAACAAAAACUCACUGAAGCAUAGCUACAAGAUGUUUAACAUAAUUUUAUUGCUAUGUAAAACAAUGUAGAGCUUUUCUGGUUAACAAUAACUUUUGACCAGUACAGUGAGCUCUCUCUUCUUAGAUAUGUCAUUAGACCCCUCUGAGGCUGAAAAUCAGAGAACUCUGUGUCAAGGUUCAUUCCGUUUCAGUCUCAAUUUCAUCACAUGUUUAUUCAAACAUACAACAGGUCCAUUAGAAUCUAAAAUACAUCUUACUAACCUGGUCUUCUCGGUCUUUACUGUAAGUUAUGGACCAAGUAUUUCCCCUUCGAUUUAUGGCCCAAGUGCUUCCUGCUUAGGCCAUAAAUCCAUGGGGAAAAACAAAGAUCUGUAACUUACAGUACGGACUGAGAAGAUGAGGGUAGUAAGAUGUUUAUUAUGUCUCUACUGUGUGUCUGAUGGGUUCGGGAACGACUGCUUUUCAUGCAGAACGGCUUCAAAUUUCUGACGCACAUCAAAAGCAAACCAAGUCAAUUUGAAAUCGUUGUUGAAUGGUUUUCAC